GUGUAAACGUGACAUUUCGGAACUUACAAAUGUGGUUUCACUUCUCCCCUAAAUAAGUUUCAUUGCUAGAGAAGAUCUCAUCGUGAGCAGUGAGCACUUCUCUUCAGAGACGUUUGUGAGUUAUCAGCUGGAUGUUUACUGUAAAAUGAGGCUGCUCCAUGGAUUGGUCUUUUUCCUUGCGCUCUCCGUUCUGGCUGUAAGACAUGGAGUGGAAUCGAAAUGUCAGGACUGGGGUACGGAAAAGGAUUCCACAAACGUGUGCUGCAAGAAAUGCAAACCAGGAAACCAUCUCAUCGAUAACUGUGGUCCAGACCCGCACGCUUUGUGUGCUCCAUGUGGAAAUGAAACCUACAUCUCAGAUACAAGUCAGAAGAACUGUCUCAGGUGUACUCAAUGCAUAGGUUUGAUGCGUGUGAAGGUGAGAUGCUCAGUCAGCAGUGAUACGGUCUGUGAAUGCUCGCAGGGUUUUCGCUGCGGGGAUGAAGAGUGUUCGUUCUGUGUGCAGGAGUGUGCCAAAGGACAACAGCCUAAAGACAGGAAGUGUGAACCAUGUCCUCCAGGAACAUACAAUGACAAACUUCAUCAAUCCUGUAUUAAAUGGAGAAAAUGUACACAGCCAGACCACCAAAUUACUGAUCCUGGAACGGUCGAGUCAAAUGUAGUCUGUGGGCCUAAAAGACAACCAGACCAAACCACUUCAUCAGAUAACACACCAACAGAAUCACCGUCAGAUCAAAAACCACUAGUGUCUCCACCAGACAACAGCAGCGUCUCCGUAGAGAGCAAGGUCAUAGCUAUUUUAGUCACUUUUGGGCUCCUCUGUGUAAUGAUACCCAUUUUCACAAUCCUGUACCUGGAGUGGAAAAGAAAGACCUUUGACAAACCCCUGGGUACAAAGAAAGCUCAAACUGCAGAAGAGACUCGGACAGCUCAACCUGAAGAAUGCAGUUUCUGUUUUCCACAGCAGGAACACGGUGCCAGCAGUCAGACGUCCAUGUCCUCGCUGGUCUCAGAAGACAAGGCCAUGCCUUUAGUUGGAUGAAAGU